AAUUUCUCUCUCUCUCUCUCUCUCUCUCUCUCUCUGGAUCCCUUCCUUUUCCCCCCUGUCCCUCAGCAUAAAUUUCUGUAUUGAAGGUCCACUUAGUUUGCCGUUGUGAUACAUAAGCAACAGGAAGGGGUUGAGUUGAUGGAAUAUUAAAAGCUUUCUCCUUUUCUUUUCUUUUUCUUUUUUUUUUUUUUGAAAAAAAAAAUAUUGUUCCUCCUUUUUGUGCUGCUUUCUGCUACUUGCAGCCAUCUGUGUUCCUGUGGUUGAUUAAUUUUGUUGUUGAAAGACAUGUCGAGCUGCAUCGAUGUUGCGCCUGAGCAACUCUGUUACAUCCCCUGCAACUUUUGCAACAUAGUUCUUGCGGUGAGCGUUCCAUGCAGCAGCCUGUUCGACAUCGUGACCGUCCGAUGCGGCCACUGCACCAAUCUCUGGUCCGUCAACAUGGCAGCUGCGUUUCAGUCACUGUCAUGCCAAGAUGUUCAGACACAGAACUAUACCUCGCCAGUGGAGUACCGGAUCGAGCUGGGUUCCUCUUCCAAAAGCAACAACCGGAUCUCAGUGCGACCACCGGCGCUUAACAACGCCACUGAGGAAAGGACCGUGAAUCGACCUCCCGAGAAGAGGCAGCGAGUACCUUCUGCUUAUAACCAGUUCAUAAAAGAGGAGAUUCAGAGGAUCAAAGCCAAUAAUCCCAAUAUCAGCCACAGGGAGGCUUUCAGUACUGCUGCUAAGAAUUGGGCACACUUCCCUCAUAUUCAUUUUGGGUUGAUGUUGGAGACCAACAAUCAAGCCAAGCUGGAUGAUUGCAGGCCUCUGAGAAGCAUCUAAAGCCAAGGGCUGUAAAACUGAACUAGUGAUGUGAUGAUGAAUUUUCAUGAAUGUUUGUGUGAAGUAUGUGGUUGCUUGAGAAAAGGACAUGAACAUGAUCUAUUAUAUCCGUGAUGUAUUUGUCUUAUGUUGUUUAAUUUGAACCUAUGUUAAAGGUAUUUAAUUGUUUGACUUUAAGCUAUGCAAGAUAGCUGCUUUGUUUGUUAUAUAACUCCAUUAAUGUUGGACCAUUAAUUGUUCUUUCAUGUGGUCAAUAUAUAACCAUUCAAAAA